GGACACUGAGGGCAGGUUCCACAAACUGUUCCGGCGGGGCUGCGGGGCAGUGUGAGUCGCUCUCUCCUCCCACAGAACGUGCCCACGCAAGGCCAGAAAAGUCGCCAGCCAUGUCAUCUGCGGAGGUGGGGGAUGUUUUCCACAGAGCCCGGGGCAGGACCCUGGACGCGUUUUCCUCAGAAAAGGAAAUGGAAUGGAGAGGCCCAUUUUACUUCAUCCAAGGUGCAGACCCCCAAUUUGGGCUGAUGAAGGCCUGGUCCACUGGGGAUUGUGGCAAUGGUGGCGAUGAGUGGGAGCAGGAGAUCCGUCUCACUGAGAAAGCUGUUGAGGCCGUCAACAAGCUGAGCCCCAAACCCAAAUUCUUUGUUCUUUGUGGGGACCUCAUCCAUGCCAUGCCAGGAACUCCCUGGCGAAAAGAACAGACCAAGGACCUGCAGCAAGUACUAAAGGCUGUUGACCAAGACAUUCCACUGGUGCUGGUCAGUGGCAACCAUGAUAUAGGCAAUGUCCCCACAGCCCAGACUAUAGAGGACUUCUGCCAGACGUGGGGAGAUGACUACUUCAGCUUCUGGGUAGGGGGCGUCCUGUUCAUGGUGCUCAAUUCCCAGUUCUUCUAUGAUGCCUCCAAGUGCCCUGCACUGAAGCAGGCCCAGGACCAGUGGCUGGACCAACAGCUGAGCAUCGCAGGGCAGCAGAGGUGCCAGCAUGUCAUUGUCUUCCAGCACAUCCCGCUGUUCCUGAAGAGCAUAGAUGAAGAUGAUGACUACUUCAACCUCACCAAGGCCGUGCGGAAGGAGCUGGCAGACAAGUUCACUAGAGCAGGUGUCAGAGCUGUGUUCUCGGGCCACUACCACAGGAAUGCUGGGGGAACCUACCAGGAUCUUGACAUGGUAGUUUCAUCUGCUAUCGGGUGCCAGCUAGGCAAAGAUACCCAUGGGCUCCGUGUGGUGGUCAUCACUGCUGAGAAAAUUGUUCACCGUUACUACAGCUUAGAUGAGCUCAGCAAGAGAGGAAUUGAUGAUGACCUAAAGGAGCUGAUGGAGUGAUUCCCCACAUAAUCCACCCAGUCUUCAUGCCAAAAUGUUUACAGCCCCUCAUAGCAAUGUCUGAGUAGACAGGCAGGUUUGUGAAUUGAUGUCCUUUUAUAUAAUCCAAAGUGCUGGGUCCUAUCCCUUAAUGAUAUGCAGAAGGGACUGUCUUUUUUAAAAAUCCAGGAAAGAAGGCUAUGAAUGUUUCUCAUUGUGAUGCGAGCCUCUCCACAUGAGCCUCUCCACAUGCAUAUGGCUCUCACCCUGCCCUUCAAUCCCACUGUCUGAUGUUGACAGUCAGUACCUACCUCCUGCCCUCCAUCCAGUUCCGUGCUCACGUGUGAUCACUGUGCAUCUGCUUUUGUUAAACUGUGACCAUGACUCCCAGAAUGCUG